AUGGGAUAGGAUGCUCUUUUCCCUAAAUGAGCUUUUAUGCCCUGCAUUAUUGACAUUGACGAAGCUAAUCGUGGCCCUAUUUUAGAUUCUAAGACAAUAAAAGAAGAGAUAAGAGAGUAAUAAUUCAAGAUUUGAAAGGCUGGCAAGUCGAUACUAUGGUUUGUUGAUGUUAUAAAUCCAAAUGAGCUCUCUGCUAAAAUGCUAAAGAAGCAUAAAGGGAACCUAAAUGAGAUAUCACAAGACUUUGCAAUUGGCCUAAAAAAGAAGGUAUUAAACAAAGGAGUUCUUCUAAUUAAGGUAGAACUCUUUCUAGCCUUUUUGAAAUGA